GUUUCAGAUUGGAAUGAGACGGGCCCUCAAUGUUGCUAGCAAAAAAGAUGGUCUGGCACCGUACUUUUUAUGCAUACGUGGGCGAGUAGGUACAAAGACCAAUUGUAACAAAGAGUCGGAUUCGGAAGGUAAGCUGCUUGAAUCUGAACAGAUGACGACAUCCUCUCGGAGCAAUGUCAUUCCUGGGAGGACAAUCCAUCAGCCGUAUGUUCCCGAACCUCCUGAUCUCGCGACAUGUUGCGGAUCUGGAUGCACAAAUUGUGUUUGGAUUGAAUAUGUUGCCGAAGUAAUGCGUUACCACAUCGACCGCCCUUUGCAUGAAGUUUUAGCUGAAAUUGACAGAUUAAUCUCAGACGUUGGUGUUCGGGAAUUCGUUAAAGCAGAAAUCCGUGAACGUACCAAAUGUCGAUCAUGUAAGUAGGUUGUUAUUUCAGAAUAACUUCCUAUCUUUUCGGGAUUGAUAAACCACAUUAAGCUUGAUUCUAUAAUACUUGUUUCUUCCAAGCAAGAAAUUUGCAAUUUCUCCGCUCAGUUUCGCUGUUUUGCUGUUUCAUGUUUACUAUGUGACAUAAAUUUAUUUGAGGCUAUGUAUAUAAUAU